AUGGUUCGUGUCAGCUUCGCGGCGGCGUCCCUCGCCUCGCUCACGCGGUUGGCUCAAGCCGCUCAGCCGUUUCUGGGAUCGGGACCCUUGCCCGUCAGCCAACUGCGGCAACAGGCUGAGCAGCCUGAUGACUUUUCCGUAGCUGCAGUUGCGGCAUCGUACCCCACCUACAACUUCUCGGUGCCGGUCGACCAUUUCCACAAUGACUCCAAGUACGAGCCCCAUUCAGACGACUUUUAUAACAUGCGUUAUUGGUUCGACGCAAGAUACUACAAGCCUGGCGGCCCGGUAAUCGUACUGGCUGCUGGCGAGACCUCUGGCGUUGGUCGUCUGCCUUACAUCCAGAAGGGAGUGGUUGCUCAGAUAGCCAAUGCAACCAAUGGCAUUGGUGUUGUUCUAGAGCAUCGAUAUUAUGGAGGAAGUUGGCCCGUCUCGAAUCUAAGCACCGAGAGCAUGCGCUUUCUCACAACCGACCAAGCACUGGCUGAUACUGCUUACUUUGCGCAAAAUAUUGUAUUUCCCGGUCUUGAGGAGUAUGAUCUCACCUCCAACAGCACCGCUUACUUUGCCUAUGGCGGUUCCUAUGCGGGAGCAUUCGUGGCAUUUUUGCGAAAGCUGUAUCCCGAAGUCUACUACGGCAGCAUUUCUUCAUCUGGCGUGACUGAAGCCAUCUGGGAUUAUUGGCAGUACUUUGAAGCUGCCCGCAUUUAUGGUCCCAAGGCCGGUGUUGAAGCUACUCAGAAGCUUACCAAUAUCGUUGACAAUAUCCUGAUUGGCAAGAACGGCACUGAAUAUCCCAAGAAGCUCAAGACACUCUUUGGUCUGGGCAAUGUCACAAAGGCUGCGGAUUUUGCCAGCGCCAUUGCAAAUGGUAUCUAUUCGCUGCAGAGCCUGAACUGGGAUCCUACGCAAAGCUCCGACGAGUUUUUCGUGUACAACGCGAUUGUCGGCAAUGACUCGGUUGUCUACAACAGCACUGAGACUUACAGAGCCACGGUAGAAGAGCUGAUUGAGGUUGGCGGUUGGGGUAAUGAAACUGAUUCGUUGUCCAAUCAUUUUUUGAACUAUGUUGGCUAUGUUCGCCGGUCUAUUUCGGCCAGUUGUUCAGGCGCAGACCAGGAUGAAUGCUAUGGCACAGAUGAUCCAGAAUUCUAUGCUCAGGACGAUAUCUCACAGACCUGGAGGUCGUGGCCAUAUCAGUACUGCACAGAGUGGGGUUAUCUCCAGACUGGUAGUGGAGCACCAGCUGAUAUAUUACCCUUGAUUUCGCGAACCAUUGAUAUCCCAUAUAGUGCAGCUAUCUGUGUCGAAGCCUUUAACAUCACAACCCCUGCGGAUGUUGAAAUUAUCAACAAGUAUGGAGGCUUCAACUUUAGCUACCCUCGUGUCGCAAUCGUUGAUGGAGAAUGGGACCCUUGGCGUGCAGCUACGCCUCACGCUAUCGGUUUGCCUGACAGACCUGACACCAUUGAGGAGCCAUUCUGGUUAAUCCCCCAAGCCGUUCACCAUUGGGACGAGAAUGGCUUGUUCCCGAAUGAGACAACAGCGGAGCUGCCGCCAGAGAGCAUCAAGGAGAUUCAAGCAUACGAAGUCGAGUUCGUCACAGAGUGGUUCAAGGAGUGGCAGGCCGAGAAGAGUCUUUUAGGAAUCGUCAAGGAUCGAGCACAGGAACUGACAUAUGGCCUCUACAAGCAGUACAAUUAUUAG